GAAGCUAGCUAGAACAUAGUUUCCUUCCACUUUCCACCACCACCAUGAAAUUUGAUCUUCUCUCUAUUCUUGCGUUAAUCUUCUCACUCCAAGCAGUUGUAUCUCUUACACCAUUGCAUUUUCAACACCCACUUGACCCUUUAACCAAACAAGAAUUUCUAGAAGUUCAAACCAUAAUCCGAAACAAAUAUCCCAUCUCAAACAACAAACUAGCUUUCCACUAUAUUGGCCUCGAUGACCCUGAAAAAGAUAUUGUCUUAAAAUAUGAAACACAAUCAACUCAUGUAACAAUUCCACGUAAAUCUUUUGUCAUUGCUAUCAUCCAUAGGAAAAUCCAUGAAAUAGUAAUUGAUUUAAGGUUGAGAAGCAUUGUCUCUGACAGUGUUUAUAAGGGAUAUGGUUUCCCUAUCUUAUCCGCUGAUGAACAAUCCCUAGCAAUAGAGCUUCCAUUUAAAUAUCCACCUUUUAUUGCUUCAGUUUACAAGAGAGGAUUGAAUCUCUCAGAGGUGUUGUGUUCUAGUUUUACUAUUGGAUGGUUCGGUGAAGAGAAGAAUAGAAGAACUGUGAGUAUAAAUUGUUUCAUGAAAGAAAGUACUGUGAAUUUCUACGCUAGACCAAUUAGUGGAAUCACAAUAGUUGCUGAUCUUGAUCUUAUGAAAAUUGUUGAGUAUCAUGAUAGAGAUAUUGAAGCAGUGCCAACAGCUGAGAACACAGAAUACCAAGUUUCAAAGCAGAGCCCACCAUUUGGACCGAAACAACACAGUCUCAUUAGUCAUCAACCACAAGGUCCAGGCUUCCAGAUCAACGGCCAUAGUGUUAGCUGGGCCAAUUGGAAGUUUCAUAUAGGAUUUGAUGUACGAGCGGGUAUUGUUAUAUCACUUGCUUCUGUUUACGAUCUUGACAAGCAUAAGUAUCGUCGUGUUCUAUACAAAGGCUACAUUUCUGAACUUUUUGUACCUUAUCAAGAUCCAACUGAAGAAUUUUACUUUAAAACCUUCUUUGAUUCUGGAGAGUUUGGAUUUGGUCUGUCUACGGUGUCCUUGAUACCAAAUCGUGAUUGUCCACCGCAUGCACAGUUCAUUGAUACAUACAUUCACUCAGCUGAUGGUACCCCAAUCUUGUUGAAGAAUGCAAUUUGUGUUUUUGAACAGUAUGGAAAUAUCAUGUGGCGUCACACUGAAGUUGACAUUCCUAAUGAAUUCAUUGAAGAAUCUAGAACAGAAGUGAACUUGAUCGUAAGAACAAUAGCGACUGUGGGAAACUAUGACAGUGUUAUGGAUUGGGAGUUCAAAGCAAGUGGCUCCAUCAAGCCAGCGAUAGCUCUAUCGGGUAUGAUUGAAAUUAAGGGAACAAAUAUUAAGCACACAGAUGAGAUUAAGGAAGAUAUACAUGGUAAACUAGUGUCAGCAAACUGCAUUGGAAUUUACCAUGACCAUUUCUAUAUAUACUAUCUUGAUUUUGAUAUUGAUGGUACACACAACUCACUUGAGAAAACAAGUUUGAAGACUGUAAGAAUCACAGAUGGAAGUUCAAAGAGAAAGAGUUAUUGGACUACUGAGACUCAAACUGCUAAGACUGAAUCAGAUGCAAAAAUCACAGUUGGACUUGCACCAGCUGAACUUGUUGUGGUUAAUCCAAACAUAAAAACCGCUGUUGGAAACGAAGUCGGUUAUCGUUUGAUUCCAGCAAUUCCAGCUCAUCCAUUGUUAACAGAAGAUGAUUAUCCACAAAUACGCGGUGCAUUUACAAAUUAUAAUGUUUGGGUGACACCAUAUAAUAGAACUGAGAAAUGGGCUGGUGGACUCUAUGUUGAUCAUAGUCGUGGCGAUGAUACUUUGGCUGUUUGGACUAAACAGAAUAGAGAGAUUGAGAACAAGGACAUAGUGAUGUGGCAUGUAGUGGGAAUUCAUCAUGUUCCAGCACAGGAAGAUUUCCCCAUAAUGCCAUUAUUGAGCACUUCAUUUGAGCUGAGGCCAACCAAUUUCUUUGAGAGGAAUCCAGUUCUUAAAACACUUUCACCAAGAGAUGUUGCAUGGCCUGGUUGCUCCAAUUAAAACUAUCCAGCUUUGUUGAAAUUUAAUUAGUAAUUUUGGUUUUAAAUAAAUUCUAAUUAUUAGGGAGUAAUUACUAUGAGUUAUUUGAGCAAUAUUUUUGUUUUAGUUUUUUUGUCAAGAAGUCUAAUGACUGAAAUUUAUCUUUUAAAGGUGAAUAAGUAAAAUGUCACAGAUUCGAACUCGCGUUUCUGCAUCUGAUGUUCUUGCACAACUAUCAACUGAGUUGGUUGAAUGAAACUUUGUUUUAGUUAUUAUGAUUCACAUUAUAAAAUGUGGUAGUGGGUGAUUAUUUUAUUUCGUAUGUAAAAGGCUAAACAUGUUUGUAGUUUGACUCAUUCAAUUAAUUCA